CACAAGGGCUUUCUCAAGAAAGCUAAAAAAUGAAACUAUUUGUUGGAAAAUGUCAAAUUUCCGCUCGAUUUCAUUGUUAGAUAACCCAAAAACUUGGCCACAUUUUAAAUCUUUUAUUUAAACACAUAGAAAGGUCAGGUUGAGGUGAAUUCCGGUCUGCAAACGACUCUAAAUCCGGCCAGACGUGAGCAACUUUGACACUUUUUUGUCAAAUUCAGAUCCAUGCAAAAUGGCUGACGAGCUUGAAAAUGAUUUGACUGAUCAGAUGAACAAUGUAUGUCUGGAGGAUGAUAUAGGUGAUGAAGGCAUUGACCUUGAUAAUCCUGUGACCGCAGAAGACCUGCCAAGUAUUCUUAUUGUAACAAGCGUGGCAGAUGGGGUGUUUGAAAAUGAGGAAACGAAGCAAUACUUUGAAAGGCUUUUCAAAGAGUUUGAUCCAGAUGCAACUUUUCAGUAUUUAAAAAGCUUUCGACGGGCAAGAGUGAAUUUCAACUCUCAAAUGGCAGCUCUGCGAGCGAGGAUACAACUCGAUGAGAUGUUGAUUGAGGGGAAAAAGAUCAAGUGCUUUUUUGCUCAGCCUCUUAAUACUGGUACCAACCCACAGAGUCGGCACCUUCACCCGCCGAAACCAGAGAAACAGUUCCUGAUCUCACCACCAGCCUCGCCACCUGUCGGGUGGGAACCUGUACACGAGGCGCAACCUAUUAUCAAUUACGAUAUCAUAUCGGCUAUUGCAAACCUUGCUCCAGGCGAGUCACAUGAGAUUCAUCCACCGUCAGACAAUCAUCCCGCCAUUGUUGUUCAUGUCUGCGAGGAACCAAAUAACCAACUUGUUUUUUUAGGCGAGUCACAUGAGAUUCAUCCACCGUCAGACAAUCAUCCCACCAUUGUUUUUCAUGUCUACGAGGAACCAAAUAACCGACUUUGUUUUUUUAGGCGAGUCACAUGAGAUUCAUCCGCCGUCAGACAAUCACCCCGCCAUUGUUGUUCAUGUCUGCGAGGAACCAAACGGUUUGAGACGAACAGUGGAACGACCGAAGAAUAAAAUAGAGCAGACGAAACGGCCGGAGAUGAAAUAAUCUACAAAAUCUUACGAUAUGGAUUACAAAAUCAGUGCUUGAACACAAAACCUGACAUUAUGGUUUAUAAAAUCAAAGCUUUAGCAGAAAACCAUACUUUAUGGUUUGUGAAGUCAGUGCUUAAGCACAAAACCCUAUGUUAUGGUUUACAAAAUUAAUUCUCAAGCAUGAAAUUGUUGCUUAUAAUCAAUGCUUUUAAGCACAAAACCUUAUGUUAUGGUAUAAAAUCAAUGCUCAAGCAUAAAACCCUAUGUUUUGGUUUAUAAAAUCUGUGCUUGAGCACAAGCCUUAGCUCAUGCCCCCUGCCCCUUUGUAAAUUUUCUUGUGUGAGGGGAAUGUCUGGAUGUAUCUGAUGGUGUGCCCAAUAUCUUCAGGGGAAGUAUUUGGCCUCAAGGCUGAUGCAGUGAGGCAUGUUUUGUCAGUAGCUCGGUUUGACGUACCAGCUUGACCCACUCCCCAUUAAGUAUAAAAUACAAGAAUAUAUUACUGCAACAUUUCGUUUUUGAUUGUAAAUAAAACUUGUUGUUCUUUUCAUGUUUAAAUACUAUACAAAGUGCUUGAAUGUUUUACUUUGAGUCUUUUUAUUUGUAAUAGUGCCUCCAUCACCACCACAGUGUUAGAUAUGUGUUAAAUAGGUACAAUUUUUUUACAAUUUCUCAGAUGAAAUGUUUUAAGUUUCAGACCUAAUUACAUGGCUGAACAUACUGUUGUGAACAUUUCAUUGUGAGCAGAAACUUUUGUAUAAUUUUACCACUCUGUUUUUAGUCUCUUUCGACUAAAAAAAAUGCUGUCCUUCAUAGGGUGGUGUCCUGAUACAGAGGUCGAAUUUUAUAAAAAAGACCCUUUUGGACUAAAAUUAUUGUCCCUAAUGGAGAGGGUGUCCUGCUGGAGAGGUUCCAAUCCACUGUAUUGUCAGUUUUAAUUGAUAACAGUAAGGUAGAAAAUUAGAGACUCAUCUUUAACAAGUGGUGUUUACAUCUUGUAGAAUAGGAAAGUGGUGAAAAUUCGCAAUUAUCAAUUGUUGGAGUAGUCAUCAUAGACAAUUAAAAUCGAAAGUUAGAAUUAGGUUUUCAAAUUGAACUUUAUAAGUCUUGCAAAGACUUGGUGGCCUUGGAUUGAAUUGGAAGUAAGGAGCCCGAAAAUGAACAAGCAUUUUAUUUAUUUAUUUAUUUAUUCAUUUAUUUAUUGUGGACACUUGUAUACAUGCACCCAUGUUGUAGAUGUCCUGUAUGCUUCUAUCUACUGGUAAAUCUCAGUAAAACAUGCACAAUAUAACAGUCUUAAUUCUAAAUGCUGUGACUAUUCUUACUUGCUGGCUAGUCUUACAUGAGAGUCCGUCACCCUCAUGUGACUUUGCCAUUUUCUUUUGAAGAAUGAUGACAUUUUGAGUUGGGUAUUGGCUCAUCUCCCAUGCCAACUCCAUCGAAUUCUCAUAAGAAAUUGCGAUAAUUUUUUCAGAAUAAAUAAUCAUUUGCGUAAGAAUAUUGCAUUUUAUUUGGACUAUCCAGACUGCAACAUUGCCAUGUUAGCCACAUGCAUUUUGUAUACAAACUGUGUACCACCAGCGUGUAUGGUACACGGCUGCAGCCAAGUUCUGAUAAUUUAAAACAGUUGAAAAUGACUUGCCAAGCACAUCAGCUGCACGUGAUGCCCACAGCAAAAGAUAUUUUUUACAAAUUAAAAACUGGACGCAACCCUUUGUAAUUAGUUUGGGUGGUUACAGCAUUUUCUAUUUUUUAUGUAAGACAUGUACAUGUAGUGUCUGUUGAAUGGACUCGAAAGAUUGACAAAGAUUGGCAUUGCUAGUGUAUAAUAAUGAGGGGUAGAAAAAAAUUUGUAAAUUGGGAGUUCCCGUUUCGGCAAUUUCGUCGUGAGGGCUGGAUGUACACAUGUUACUCAAGUACGAUUAACAACUAGCGGGUGGAAUAUUUGUAUUUUUUUUAAACAUAUACUCAAAUGUAACAGGGGAUAUUUUCUGUUGCGUUUAUCAAGAUGUUAGUGGUAGAUAUAGACGCUAGUGAUAAAAAAACAUCUGGUGCUUUUAAUUAGUCAUAGCCGAGAGAAUUAAAAAAAAUUUGUUUUUGGCAGAAUGGUUGGAUGUUAGAUAUCAGGUUACCCGUACCUUUAUGAGUAAACUUUUCUAGCCCUCUUUCUAGUCCCAUUUAUUGCGAUAUUGAUUAGCACCCGUUGUUAAUAGAAAUCAUCAGCUAAUUUUAGAUGCACAAGUUUCUAUGUUGUAAAUAGAUAGUGUGUAGAAAGGAAUCGUUUUCUUUGAUCAACCAUUAUUUUUGUAUACAUAUAUUUGGCGAUUAUAACAAUUAGGAUCUGAAGCGGUACUCAUGCUGUCUGGAACCAUUUAUGUGGUGCAGUUUUAGUAAUGUAUGUGCCAUUCUGAGCUUUCACUUGGCACGUACCAAGCUUCAGGAAUUCGUGCAACGGGAGGAGCAUGCAACUGACCGUGGUGUUCAAGGAUGUGUCCGUGUAAGAUUGUUGUCUCAGUUCAACGUGCAACUGAGCUGUCUGGCAAGAAAAGAAAGGGCUGGAAAAGGUACUUCUUUCCGCCAAUUGAAUCGGAGGGGGUAGAGAGGACCGUGCUAAUCGAAAAUUACUGUGACCUGGCAAACGUUUGCAGCAGGUUUUAGUCAUGUUAAAACAAACUUGAAUACUGGUGGUAUUUAGAUAUGUUCGCUAGACUGUGACACCAUUGUUGAAACAAACGUUAAAAAAAACCUUGUCAGCAUGUAUUAAGAUUGUGACGAUAUUGUUGAGAAAAUCAUCAACGCUGAUUUUUGGUCUGCAUAUAAGAUCCUGGCUUCAGACAUCAAUAAGCAUUGUCCUGUUGACUCUUUACAUGUAAACUGUAUGCUUGGUUGAUCAAAUCCCCAGACAAACUCAAGCUGUCCUCGACACUAAUGGCUGUUUGCUUUGCCCGAGUGUCAGAAAUGGGGGAAAUAGGGUGUAAUUUUGAAACGUUCAUGUGACAGACUCUCUGAUAAUUUUAGCGUCUCGUGACCUGUACAUUGUGAAGUCAAUUUUGUUUAAUGGAAGAAUAAACAUUUGUUUGUAUGA